GGCGGCGCCUCGAGACGGCGUGGACGCUGCGGCUUGGCCGGCGCGGCGGGGGCUCGGCGGGCGGGGAGGACGAGGGCGAGGGCGGGUCGCCGGCGCACGCGUGGAUGUUUUUUGUUGGGUUUGUGUUGUUCCCGCUUUGGUGGCUCGCGGCUGUGUUGGGGACCCCUGAGACGAGGGUGGUGGGCGGGGAGGAUAGGGAGAAGGCGGUUACGCUGGAUGAUCCGCAGAUUGAGUUCGAUGCGAAAUCGUGGCGCUUUCGGUGUCGCGUGAUGUCGGUCCUCUCGCUCUUUACCUACGUUCCCUUUAUCGUCCUCGUCGCCGUCUUCGUCCCCCGGUAG